CUCUCUGUCCGCCCUGUAGCCCAGGCUGCGUUCACCACCCGCUUAACGAGCCGCCUCCCGAGGACGUUGCUUGGGUCGACGUCCCGUACUAUUUUAACUUCUCUUUGUCGCUCUUUCUAGCCGCCGCAACCCGCGUAUUUCCUGGACACUGUCCUUUAGCGAUUUCCGAACGCGACCCUGCUUGAACCUCGUCUUCUUACUCAAUCUCCUGUGCACUGGAAAUGGCCGCCCCUGUCUCGUCCUACAGACUGGAGACGCCUCGUGCGCGACAUCCACCGCCGGUGCCUAUCAGAACCCGCAAUACCUCACCUGCGCCUCACCUAAAUGAGAGCAAGGAUAGGAAAUCGCUUCUCUGUGACCUCCCCUCAGCCAACCCCACAUCGCCCCGCUACAGCCUCCCCACGUCUCCCACAACUCGCAGCCAGUCUCGAGCAUCUCGUAGCCGUGGAAUGACCCCGCCGCCCGGCAGAGCGCCGACCCCCUCCCGUCCCCUUGAGCGAGAUCUGGAGAAGUUCGCUGACGUCUGCCGCGCAUGGUAUUUUAACCAAGAUCAAGAUGCAGGCCAUGUCAUGGCGCAGACGAUGGCUACUCUACCGUCUUCUCAUCGUGCACCCUUUUCCCGCCUUCAAGCUCAGAUACGAUCUGCCUAUCAUGCUAGCGUCAACGCCCGACGCAAUGCCGAAUUCCAAGCUCAUCUUGCGGCUACCCAGCCAGGAGGCUCACUAAUGCCUCACUCGAGAUCGGACCCGAGAGGCUCUCUUGCUCGCAAGGAACGUUACGAACGGUUUGAACGGUUCGUCAGGACCUGGUGCACGAUGGGCAUGCCUGGGACGAAGCCUUUUUUCGAAGGACUUUGGGGCUUAAUGCGACUAUCUGUGCUACCAGAGCAUCUCGGCGGAUCGGGUGGUAAGCGCAUUGAAUGGCAAAUUGACGAUGCUGUAUUCAAUGAAUCAGCUGGCAAAGAAUUCAUGCUUGAGGCCAUCGACGUGUUCAAAGGAGUCCUUGGGUUCGAGGAAUCAUCGUCCUUGAAACGUUCGCCGUCCAUAGGAGGACAACCACCUUAUUCGCCAUUCUCUCCACUCUCACCUAUUCAUUCUCGGUCCCAAUCUAGCCCCCUUCCAGCUGACGCCUCCAUUCGCACACGUUCAGGCAAAGCACCGCCGAUUGCGUCGACGACGCAAACCAAGCGCCCCAGAGCGCCUAGCGAUCCGUUCUUGGAUACCCAUACACCGCCUCCGCUGUCAACAUCCUACUCUUCGGCGAACACCAUGGCUCAGCUCUCCACCUCUGGCUCAUCCACCGCCGACGACGCUUCUCUACCUCCGACACCCCAGACCGAAACGUCUGACCCCUUUCGUCAGCCAUUGAACAGUCAGAACAGUCUGGAUUCGAUAGAUGCUGAUGGUUAUAUGAGGACUUGGAUUGCUCCCGAUCUGCCGAAUGUCGAGUACUUGGCGCUUCUCAAACUCUUCCCCUCCUUUGCCGUGCGAAACACAUUGCCUCGUUUCCCAGUCACGAAGGGCGGAGCCCGUGACAUCGAAGAGGGCGGAGAUGGCGCUCGCAGUGAGAUUAGAAUUGGGACGGGAAAGAUGUGGAUUGGCGGUCAAACACGACGCCCCGGAUGGCAAGGGAGCUGGUGGACCCGGUUCAGGCUCUGGUUACGGACACUAUUCCGCUAGCUUAUUCCCAUUCGGACACUUUCGGCCAUGUACUCAUCUAUGCCCCCUUUCCAGCCAUCACUCAUCAUCGUGCAUUUACCUGCUUCUCCCGCCUCCGCGACUCCCGCCGUUCAACACCAAUUUUCUGCAAGGAUAUUCCCGUGUACAUUUACCAUCCUCCUCGCCUCACCUGCAAUCCUCUUGUUGUCAGGCUGACCUGUGAUACAUACCCGACUGUACCAUUUGCAAUGUU